AUGCUUCAACUAAAGUAUCCUUAUCCCUACCAAAAGUUCAUCAAUCAGCCACUCUCUUACACGAAGCGAAAUAACCAACUGAGCCGAGCCUACCAGUUGAGUUCAUGGAAUAAUAUUCCUGUAAAGGCAGACAUACCCUCUGUUGCCCCAGUUGCUAGGUUAUGGCAGAGCGUUAAAUCCCUACUAACGCCACUACAACGUACAGCAACCUCUCGGAGCAACGUUGAUGAAGACCAGUCGGCUGUUGAGAGAAGAAUUCAGGAAUAUUAUGACCAAAGAUUGAACAAGAAGAGAAACAAAUGGAUGUUUAAACCCAUCAACGGCACAACCCCCCACUUAAAACACAUAUUUAUUGGACGCUGUUGGGAUUUUGUUACAACUAAGAGAAAGAACCUUCAAGAUCCAGAUAAACUAGAUUGUCAAGAGAUGUGGAAAGUCUUUUCGAAAAGUUUCGCUUUUAAGGGCCCAUGUGACGUGACAUACGAUGAUUACACUCCUUUCUUUAAUUUGUACAAGGAAAAGCCUCUUAAUAAUAGGGUUUGUGCUGUCUUGCUAUACAAUAGUACUUGGUUGUGCCAAGCCUGUACCAGGCUUUCGGUCAGUGCAGACGAGCGAAAAAAGCGUUCGAGCAGUAAAAACGAGUAAGCAAAAAACGGCGGGACGAGAGAGAUAGGGGAAGUCCUGUAUGCAUCUCUACAAAUACCUCAGCCCGCCCACUACCCCGAUCGCUCCCAGAAAAAUCGUUUCUUGUAUCGAAAUGACAAAUGUUAAAAUAUCAAAAUGUGCCGUGUAAGAGGCCGGGUUUUGCCCGCUCGCUUUCUUUUUUCUUUGUCCAACGACGUAACGGCAACGAGAACGUCGCUUAUAAUAAAAAGUGAAUUUGCGUUUUUUCAGUAUUCAUCGCGAUUAUUCCUGAAGAUGAAUUCCAAGGGACCAUAUCCAAGUCCAGAAACAUGGAGAAAAAAAUUUCGUUGUUGCUUGCUUACGUUCUCCAUAAAACGCGAAAACGGCAAAGAAAUGCACAAAAAUGUGUGAUGCACGUGCAAAGUUGUUGUUUGCUCAUUAAACCUAUUUCCUUUUUUGUUUUGUUUUGUUUUUUUUUUGACGUUCUCGUUGCUGUCGUUUUGUUGGAUCUUAAAAUCCCUAUGACGUGGUUGACGUCAAGUGUCAAAAUUGACCAAUCAUAGGGUAUAUCAGGAGUUGGCAUUAUGGAAUGAUGUAUUGAAAUCCAAUGCCUGGAACAGGCUGGGUUGUGUAAGAAUCGAAUUCAGGAAUGGGAUUUUCAGUAAUAGCAUGUCUAUUCCUUCGAAGGCAAUGUACACUUUUACCCACUAUUAGCUACUAUUUAUAACUCGCGUGUAAAAAACUGAAAUCAACUCUCAUUGUUUUAUUACAAGUUGGUAAGUGUAGGACACGCCUUUUUCUGGCGUAAUUAAAUUUUAAAGUGUACCUUUUCUCAGUUCAAUCUGGUGUUGUUUUUGUUCUUUUUGAUAUUUAAGGUAUUAUUCUGGUCUGGGACAAGAGAACUCACCCAUGCUUACUCCAGACUGUACGACAAAUUCACCACUUUGGAAGAUACAUUAGCGGGGUAAGAUUUACUUGCUUUUUAUUUCAGUUUGUUUGUUUAAUGGUGGAAAUAGUCAUAAGUAUUCAGGCAUUUCUUCUUACAAUAUCACUUUUUUUGAACAGCCAAGAAAUGAGGUCAUAUCCUUCCUUCCUUUUUCCUUCUUUUAUUUAUAUUCUUCCCUUUAUGUCGCUAACAUUUAAACGAAAAAUAAAUCGUUAGCUAUUGUUGUUUGAUUAAGGGCGUUUUGGCCGAGUGGUUAGCACUGGAUUUGUAGAUGCGGGUCCAAGUUUUGCCAUCGAUCUGCUUCUUUGAAUAACAAACUUUGCUCCAGUAAGCCGUUUCUUUUCACUAGUGGUACCAACGACAUACCGCCAUGAACAACCGAAUGAGGGAAUAUCAUCCAAUCCAGGAAGAGUAGUAACACAGUCAAACCUAUAUAAAGCGGUCACCAUUGGAGAGUGGCUUACUGACCCCUUAAUAUCCGGUUGACCGUUUAUACAGGUUUAAUUUAACAAACCUAAGUGUUAUUCAAGAAAAUAUAGAUGGUGAAAGAGCAACAAACAAUGUAUCUAUCCCACAAAAAAACGUCCUGAAAGUGCCUCUAGCUCUUCUUUUCCCAAAAGAAAGUAACUAAGAGACUAAUAAACGCCAUACGUACUGUAUCCGUUACACUAGUACUGGUGCAAUUGUCAAAGCGAUCGUCUAAUAGAGGUGAAGACAAUGCAAAUUAACCCGUUGGGAACGCGACCGUUUAAUGGAGGUAACCACAUAAUAGUGUCAGUUUUAUAGUAAUUGAGGGAAAUGAUUUCCGGGAUUUUGGUUGGUGACCGCUCUAAAGAGGGUAACCGCUAAACAGAGGUUCGCUUACAGGUUUGGCUGUACUCUUAGGUGUCCCAUGCUAUGAGCUCUCCCAGUGUAAUCGUCAUGGCUCUUGGUCCCUCGUAAUACACCUUUAUCAUUUACAUGCGACGGUUGGCCAGAAAGAGUUUAUCAAGAUACUACUAUCCUUCUUUUCGCCUACUUUUUGAGACACAUCCCCCCCCCCCCCCCCCCUCCCUCCACCUCAAAACACACUCCCCGACGAUUUUAUUAGUUUUUUCCCCUCGUUGUUUAAGGGCCGUUCAGGGGGGGGGGAGAAAAAAAGAAGGGUUUGUGAGGUGUGUCUUAUGUUGCGCCCGCACAAGAACAGAGAAUCUCUUUUUGGUCCCACUCUAUGAGCUCUCCCAGUUUAAUCGUUAUGGGUCUUGGUCCCCCUUAAUACACCUUUUUCCUUUACAAGGGGGGGUUUGCGCGAAAAAGUUUAUCAAAAUAUUACUUUCCUUUUUUUCCCCUACUUUUUUAGACCCAUCCCCCCCCCCCCCCCUUAAUCGGUAUACCUCAACAGAUUCCAAGGUGAUUUAUUGAUAGUUUUUCCCAGGUUUCUGAUGAACGGCUUGACGUGGUGUGGCAAAAAAGAAGGAUCUGGUAUGGACUUUAAGUCUUGUCCCUACGAAUGCAGCAAACAGAAACCUUUUUGGGGUCAGGCGGCAGCUAAAGUAAGCGGUAAAACUAAUGAAAGAGUUCUAACGUUAAUACGCUUGGUGCAAGAUCAAACUCGACAAUGAUUGUAUCCUGAAAUGCAGGGCUGGAGAAAGAUGCUUGACGUUUUAGGCGUUAGGGCAAAAAAGGAGCGGGGAGGGGAGGGGAGGGAAGGGCAGGAAAAAAAAUAUGAAACAGUCGCGCAACCGAAGGAAACUGCAAAGCAGGCUACGAUGAGAUUGCGGACUGCAAAAUUCUACGCUCAGUAUACCGAAUACAUGAAAGAAUUUUAUUUUUAAGAGAGUGAUAAUCUGAGCAUUUCGUGAACAAAAUGUAUCUCUUCUUUUGGGAAUAAUAAAACUUUGUGAAUUGCUACAAUCUAGGUUCAGUUUCGCGAAAAUUUGACCAAAAAACUUAAUGUGAUAUUGCGUGUUGCUAAGGUGAGAGCGGGAACAAGGAGCAUUUCUUCAGAAUUUAAAACUUGUCCGAUUUAGCAAGUAGCUCACUACAUCCAGGACUGCGAGUGAAGUUAAAUUUUCUAACCGUACUUUACAAUUUAUUUGUUGACUUUUCACGGAAUUCGGUAUACACUAUACAAAACAUCCGGGAAGUUUCCGCAUAGACUGUCGUGUCCUUAGAGCGUUACAGCGAUGGAAGAGAAUUGCGGAGAGCUUAUAUCUCCAACCAAAAGCCACCGGCUUUAUGGUCCUGUUAAACAAGUAGCGUUUAUUAAUUUAAAUAGAUAUUACUGGCCGAAAUAUAACGAUUUUUUCUAACUUAUUAGCUGGCAGAGAGGGCUAGAGGUGUGGUACACGUCAUGUUGAACGGAACAAGACAGCAUUUUCUGGACAAACAGAUUUUUCCCACUUUUAUGGAUGACAGGUUCGAGCUGUUAUUCGCAUUUAUUGACUAAGUGAUGUGUGCAAGGAGUUGUGAACUUGCCAUUUGAAAGGGGCGGUUUCAUCGGUCCUACUAACCCAAGAAACUUUCUGUUUACUUAUAAAGAGGACACGUACAGUUGUCUUCUCACUCGCAACAUGGCCAUUAACAUCACCAUUUUUCUGGCUUUCUGGAUUUAUUUGCCUUGACGAGUGAAAACCAAAACGUAUCUUUUAAGCACUCUCACCUAGCCAUUUUUCUUUUUGUUUCCAAUGUCUUAUAGCUAUCUGGCGGAGCAGCAAUUGCCGAGUCUUCCUAUACCAGGUGUCACAGAGUUUAGGAUUCUCGUGGGUCAUUCUCUUCAUCACAAAUCUCUGUAAGCAUUAUUUUGAUAUGCAACUUAAAAAACAGUUUGAUUAGAAGAGACCUUCAUUUCAAAUUAUUAAUUGUAAGUGCACGCAGAACAAAGCAAGAAGUUCCAGAAAGAAUUUUGAAAGGAGUUGAUUCCAGAUCAUUGUCCAAUGAAGCCUCCUGUUUUGUUUAUUUUGGAUUAACGGCUUGUUAGAAGUAGUUCGUAUCAAAAUGUAAUAGAAGAUGGCUCAGUAAUCGUUAUAAUCAUUCAUUUCAAAACGUUUUAUUUAUCGAUUUUAUAGAGAAAGAUGCGACAGCCUGACUGUUCUUGAGUUAGAAAAUCGAGCCAAGGCAAGAGGAUUAAAGACCACAUGCUUCGAUAACCCCUAGUAAGUAUGCUUUUAAAAGUACUCUCUUUGAGCACUAGUUUUACAGUUUGCAUUUAGAGACUCUCGAUAAUCAAACCUCGCUGAGAAACUUGAAUUUUGGCCACUCAGACGUCUUUUUUUGUUUUUGCCUACAGCUUUAUCCGACAUCUCCUGUGCUUGGACAAUCCAGCAGAUCCUUUGUGCCUCUUCAAGAUACCUGAUCAAAAUACCCUCAUAUAA